AUGGACGAGGGCGACGUGUCGGCCGCGUCCGCUUUAGAAGUGCCGAUGACGCCGCAGAGCUUUUCAACGAUGCUGCUGGCGCGGGAGAGCAACGAGGGGGCGCAGCACCCCGUUCGCGCCAGCAGCGCCACCUCGGCGCUGACGACGACGACAAACGGUGCACGGUCCUCUUCUCUUGCUGUGCUGGAGGGCAACGACACAAUGCGGAGGCCGUCCUCAGAGCAGGUGCCGAUCGUCUCGCAAGGGGCGGAGGACGCCUGGAGCGGAGGAGGGGUCGCCGCAAACGGGAUCGAGGACUGGUGUGUCGACGGUGGCAGUCGCAAUAGCCGUGAGACACGUACUACGGGCACGACUCUCACCUCCGGGGUCGGACCGCACCCCUGCCUGGUCGCCGGCAGCGGAAGCGCCGGGUGCGUCAUGGGUGGACGCUACGCGACCUCACUCAGUAGCUUUCAACUCCUCGGUGGCACCAGUCAGCAGGAGAUGCCCACGUGCGCCAUCGACACGGAUGAGAUCCCGUCCACCCCGACGGACAUCAGCGCUUUACCACACCCGCCGCCGCCGCUCUCGGCGCGCCGCCGGCGCCAACGACGGGCUUGUCAUCAUCGCGACGGCGGCAGCGCGGUCAGCAGCAACUCCCGCGUGGAUUCGGAGACGGGGGUGAUCGAGACGGACACGCUGGAGCGUGCCCGGGCGGUAUCGAAAGACGGCGCAAGGGCGUACGAGAUUGUGAACGGGAAGUACGUCAUGUAUGACUACGAGCUUGGCAAAGGGUCCUACGCCACAGUGCGGCUAUGCUACAACUUGGCGGACGGCCAUUUCUACGCGGUGAAGGUUCUAGAUCGUGUUCGACUGAAGCGUCGCCAGCUCGGCUCCGAGGCCGACCUGUGCAAGAUCGAUCAAGAGAUCGCGAUGAUGAAGCAGGUGCAGCACAAGAACAUCAUCGCGCUCCAUGAGGUUAUUCGUGACCCCAGCAUGCGCUACGUCUACCUUGUGCUGGAGCUGGCGGAGUCCAGGGAGGUGCUGUCGAUGCGGGACAACGGUGAAGUGCUACCGCGCGGCGACGACGACGAUGCCGCCACGGCGUACCCUGAGACUGCCGCGCGCGAAAUGGUGAAGGGGCUACUGCACGCACUCAUGUACGUCCACUACCUCGGAGUUGCGCACCGCGAUAUCAAGCCCUCUAACGUGCUGCGCACGGCGGACGGUACAGUGAAGCUGUGCGACUUUGGUGUCUCGGUUUUAGUCGGCGACGCGCCGAUGCAGCUGAGUCGCGAAGGCAGCGUAGCUUUCUUGGCACCGGAGUUGCUCCUAUCGAGCGAGGUGAACGUGUCGCGAUUUUUGACGCCGGAGGACUCAUCUCUGGGCCCAACGCGUAACAAGAGUGCAGCGCACAUGCUCGGCGACGCCGCGCUGGCCAGCGCCGCGAAGAACGCGUGCACAACUAUGGCGUCCACCACAGCGGCCACUAGUGCAACUCAGCUGGCAAGCACCGGCGGGCCGACUCCGCAGAAAGAGGAAGGCGCUAAGUGUACUCAGCGCCUCACGUCCUCGUUUUCAGGUGCCGCCCUACAGCCGAGCGCGCACGCGGCAGCGUCACGCGCCCCGGGGCGCGAGAUUACGAGCUCUGGUGGCGGCGCGCCGAGUGCCAUCUCUCCAUGGCCGUCAUCGACAUCUCUGCCGCAGCGCAGCGGUGGCGGUGGCGUCGCCCGCAGAGCCUCCUUUCGCACCUUUUCUCUGUCGCCGUGCGGGGCUGCAGCACGCGAGUGUACGGCGGCGAUCGCGACAGCUGCUGCUGGUCCUUGUGCCAGUGGUGUCGCGGCGGUGACACCACCGAUAGGCUCGUCUUCGCCCUCCACCCCUGCAGUGCAGCCGCUCAGUGAUCUGCCGAAGUCCGCUGGCCACGCGCCGGUAGACCUGCUCAAGGCCGAUGUAUUUGCGUUAGGUGUGACCGUGUACACGAUGCUCCUCGGCCAGCUGCCUUGGCGUGCGUCGAGUGCGGUGUCGCAGCGCUCCGCCAUACUCGCCGAGCCCGACCCUUUUUUGCGCCUCUACAAGUCCGCCUACGGCGAUGCCUAUGCGUGGCCGCCGCAAGUGCGGGAGGCGUGUAUGCCGCGUCGUGACGUGUUCGGCAGCGUCGCUUUGCCGGCGUCCUCGAACGCUGGCGCGUCGGCGAGCGGCAAGGACGGUUGCAGCGCCAGUGACGGAACGCCAAACGCCGAGCUAAGUGAUGUGCCGCGGGCGAUUGCGGCCAAGAAGGACGGUGUGGGGGCACCGGCACCAGCGACUGCCCUCCCCUGCAAGCGGCGACACUGGAGCAACACGGGGACGAGCCUGUACGAGUGCACAUCGGAGCAAGAGAAGUGCACGCCUACGACGGCGAAGCUGGCUGCCGCGCCGCAGCCUCACCGCAAGGCCCCCACUCGGAGCGACCACAACUCGGCCCAGCCCAUUGUUGAACGCAGCACCGCCUCAGCUGCGUUGCCGCGUCCCGCGACAGAGCUCUUGGCUAAGAACGCGACCACAUCCGAAUCUCGCGCCCCAAACGACCUCGCCGAGCCGCUAAGCGAUGACGACGACUCGAGGGCGGCUUUCGAAGCACCCCCGCCACCCAUGCCACCGCAGGGAGAGCAACACCUCCAUCUUCCUCAAUGGGGGCCUUUCACGGACGUCGUCCUCGGCUCCGUCCCCCUCAACGUAGCCACCGCAGCCGGCACCGCGAUCGCGCAGCAAGCUCAGGCGACCGUCAGGUAUCGCCACGGCGACGUUGGCGAACUCGUGGACGGCGACUUGCGGCACAUGAACACCACGACAGCCUGCGUCCGAUCGCGCGCUCCCGCCGUUAAAAUGCUCCGCUCCAGAGCCGCGACGCGGCCGCGGUUCGGGUCUGUGGUGCAGGCUCCGCACUCGCUUUCCAUCUGUGGAGAGCAGCGCGCGGCAAUGAGUAUCCCAGCAGGCGCGCCACCGCUGCGACCGCGCGGACCGACGACGACGCCGGAUCAGCUGAAUCCCUACCGUGGCAUUCUCGACGUCGAUGAUGACGACGGGAUAAACGCUGAUGAGUCCGACGUCGUACAAGGCAGGAAGGAGAGCGCGAUAGCUGCGGGACAGUGGGUGCGGGGCUCGUCUAGCAACCUCCUGCGAACUGUCCCGUCGAGCGCCGUCACAGACACGCGCAGUAACGACAGCGAGGCUGACAACGCGUCUGACGACGACAGCGGCAGAACGACUGUACCCUGCAGCGCUGCUACAUCGACCGCGUCGUCGCUGGACACCGACGACGACGAGGACCUGGAGUCGUGCGAGAGCAUCUACGAGCGGCUCUUUGAGAUGGAACAGCCAUGUCGCGCAUACACGGUAGCGGAGCACAUGCCUCUGCCUGUAAUGCCAGGUACCUCUCGCGAAAUCAGCGGCGAAGCCGUCGACUUUGUGCGGUCGUGCCUCUGCCUGGAUCCCGCCGAACGUCGCACGGUGUUCGAGCUGUUCCGCCAUCCCUGGAUUCGCGGCGGAGAGGGGGCGACGUUGGUAGAAGCCGACACCUCCGCGGGGUCUCAACGAUGUUCGCCGCCAGCGGCCGAGAAGGGCGCUGAUGUGGAAUUAUCGUCCGGCUCUUGA